CUGAAUGCCCUGCUCUGAAUUGCAGAAGAUCUACCCAAAUAUCAGGAGUGAGUGGCAGAUUUUAUCCUGCCUGCAUGAUUGUUCUCACUGGCCCUGGUUAAUAGGGGUUAGAAAGUAUGAUGGGCACUGACUCAUUCUGUACAUAAAGCUUUGUUGGAAGAGGUUUUUAAAGCAAUAAAUACAUCAUGGUACAGAUGUUGCUGCUAUUGCACCAAUGAGAUCGUGGGCUGCAGGCAUCCAAGCCAUGAAGGAAGCAUUGUGGAACAACACUGUUUAUUUCGCAGCAUUUAUGUCCUGCUUAAUUGCAAUAAAACCUCAAAGCAGUUGAGACAGGCGAUAGAACCCGUCCUGUUUUCUUCUUUGCAGGUGCCAAAACAUUUCGCGCCACUAGGAUCUAGGAUCGUAGAAUUGCAGAUCUGGAAGGAAACCCAAGGGUCAUUUAGAUCAUCCUCCUGAAAUCAGUGCCAUGUGGGGCUUAAGUGCAGAAAACGCGGGAGCUGCUGAGACGGGCACAGAGGCAACUACCGCAGAGUGCGACGGCCGGGAGGGAGAGGGAAUAAAAGCGAGAGCGAGGAAGAGAGUUGGACGGAGAAAAGCCUAAGAGACCAGCAAGCAAAGCCUCCGAAGAGGGAACUGAGCUUUACUGCAAAAAAUUCGGACUGGCAGCAGGUAAGGAGCGCACCAAGAUCCACAAUGGUGGAAGACUUUGAGGUAGCCAUUUCUCAGGGCCAAUUGGCAGACGCUAUGUCACACGUGCUGGCAAAACCACUGCACUUUUUCAACAGCACUCCGCUCCACAUUGCCGUAAUAGGAGAGCCCGGCUCCGGGAAGUCCUCAUUCAUCAAUGCCAUGCUGGGUCUUCGUGCCGAUGACCCGCGUGCCGCUGCGACUGGCAUACAGAUGACGACUGUGCAAGUCAAGGAUUACCCACACCCAACACUUCCACAAGUGAUCCUUUGGGACCACCCUGGAAGGGGAACGCCAACCUUUGGAGAGGACAAAUUUGACAAGAAGGUCGAUUUGAAUCGCUUUGAUUUCUUCAUCAUCGUUGGCUCCCAGCGCUUCCGCUCCACCCAUUCUGACCUGGUCCGUGAGAUCCAAGAUAUGGGCAAGAGCUUCUACUUUGUGCGCACCAAAGCAGACCUGGACCUGUCGGCCGCCAAGAGGCAACAGCCAUCUGACUACAAUGAGAAGAAGAUCCUCUUGCACAUCCAGGAGGACUGCAAAGAGUGCUUGGUAAGAGAAGGAGUGAGGGACCCACAAGUCUUCAUCGUCUCCAACUGGGAAGCCGACCGCUUUGACUUCCCCCUCCUGCAGGAAACGCUGAAGAACGAUCUCUUGCGGCUGAAGAGGCAAGCCUUUCUGCGCCGCUUCCCUAGCAUCUGCCUGCCUAUGUUAGAGAAAAAGAAAACCACUGUGGAGGGGAAGAUUUGGAUCAGAAGGCUUGUUCUGCUGGUCGCUUUUGGAAGCCCAGUUCCCUUCCUUCUCCCCAUAUUUCUGUUUAGUAAGUUCCGCUCCUGGUGCUUCCUGGACUUUGGCCUGGACGAUCGAUCCCUUGCAGCUCUGGCCCAGCGUGUUGGAAAGACAAGCACAGCCCUUAAAGCAGCAAUGCAGUCACUGGGAAUCUUCUCUGCCAUUUUAUGGGUGCUGCCCGACUUGGUGGGACUCUCAGUGAUGGCUUAUGAAUAUCACCGCUGGGAGCAUUUCCCCAUCUUUGGCUGUCUUCUGUCCAUUGGGAUUUCGCUUCCUCGCACCUACUUCAUGAUGCAGAAAUGCAUAUCGGGUGCUGCUGAUGACACCCAGAGGGUUCUGUCCAAAGCUCUUGAGGCAGAGGGGAAAAAGUCCAUUUAGCAGCAAGCAGAUGUGCCAUGAUGACUAAUUGCUUGAUAUAUAGUAUCUGGUGAAUUAUACGUUUCCAUUUUUAAAACAACCACCACCAAAAGACAUUAAAAUAAUAAUAAUCAGAUGAUCAGGUUUUUUAUUUUAAAAAUUCCAUAAAUCUUAGGCUUCUCAUUUUUUAUAAAAAACCCUAGGUGAAGUAAUCUGAAUGCCAGCAUAAUACCCCCUCAGUUACUUUUUUAAAUUAGUAUCUCUAUCCAAUGUCUAAGAAUUAAGACCAAUACUGAAAGGAGACUUUGGGACAAAUGGACUUUUUCCUAUUCAUAAUUCUUUCAGUCCACUGAUGAAUUGCUCUGUAUAUGAUGUCAGACUAGAAAAAACUAGUGACCUAUGUGAACCUGCUUGCAAGGAUGGUCUCAAGUUGCUGCAGCAUUCACUUUCUCUCCUCCCCCCCCCCUCUCUAUAUAUAUGUGCUGCAUUUGCUUUUUUUCUUUAGGAACAGGAGUUAGCUCUAUAUCACAAGUCCCAUGCAACAUCUCUUUCAGAAUUUUCUUUCCCUCAGACACACUCAAACUGAAGGAGGGCAUUCAGCUAGACAGGAGCCUCCACAUUGGUGAAAUAGAAAGUUGAGGUAAUUUUAAUCUGUUCUAGCAUAUCUUAAAGCACGACUGUAAUUGUUUCCUAGUUUUAUUGGUUUAUCUCUUUGCAAACCGCUUUGAGGUUUUAUUAGAAUCAAGCGGUGUAUAAGUUUUCAUGAAAUAAACUAAUUGGUUAAAUUAA